AUGUGUGUGUACACACCAAUCUGCGUGUACACGCCUUUGUUUGUGUGUGUGUGUUUGUGCGUGUGUAUAAAUGUGUGUGUUUGUCUGUUUUUUGUCUGUCUGUGUGUGUGUGUGUGUGUGUGUGUGUGUGUGUGUGUGUGUGUGAAUAAUGAUGUCUCUUGUACGUGUAAUGGUAUUGUUUGCUGUAUGAGUGUAUGCAUGUGUGUGUUGUAUGAAGAUCUAUGCAUGCAUGUGUGUGCGCCUUGUGCGUGUGUGUGCAUGUGCAUUUGCUGUGUGUAUGGAUGUGUGUGCGUGUGUACUGUGUGUGUGUGUGUGUGUGUGUGUGUGUGUGUGUGUGUGUGUGUGUGUGUAAAGAUUUAUUCAGAAAUGUUGUAUAUGUGGUGUGGUGUGUGUGAUCUAGUUUUACGGGCAUACUACAACCAUGCGUAUGUUUGCAAAUGUGGGUGUGUGUGUGUGUGUGCUUUUGUAUGUGCGUGCCUUUGUAUGUGUCUUUGUAUAUGUGAGUGUAUGUGUGAUUUUGUACUUGCGCUGGUGUUGAACAUGUGCGUGUGUGUGUGUGUAAGUGUCUGUGUGUGGUGUGUGUGUGUGUGA